GAGUGUGAACCGGAUUGGCGACAACAACUAUACGUUCCUAGAGUAGAGGACACGCCACUAAGACACUUCAUUCCCACAUAAUUGUGUGUUCUUUUAAUAUUUAUGCCGAUUUAUUCAGUGAGCAUGGUGUUUUAAGAUGUACGUGCUGCGUUGUACGCGAGAAUAUUAGUCGCAACAGCUUCACACCCCUAGAGAGAAGCUGUUUUUCAUAUUGCCUUCAAACCUGCUGGACGGGGUUACUACAGCAUUUAGUUUGUAUUAUUCAAAGUGCUCAUUUGCGGUCUAGAUUUUGACAUCUGGCUACCAUGAGGCUGGCAGUGGCCCUGCGUACAGUUGCUUUGGUUCUUUUCCUGGGCUUCACAUGGCUUCUAGCCAGUUCUAUGCUAGGAGGGGAUGGUAACUCGGUAAUACGGAAGAUCUUUAAUGGUGGACAAGAAGAGCCCACUACAGAACCAAGACCACGCAAGUUCAGCUGUGGCCUGUCAGCCCCAUGCCCUCCCAAACAUCUCGCAUUCCGGCUGGUCUCUGGUGCUGCCAAUGUCAUUGGCCCCAAAAUAUGUCUGGAGGAUAAAAUUCUUGUCAGCAGUGCCAAAAACAAUGUUGGCAGAGGCCUCAAUAUUGCUUUAGUAAAUGGGCUUAAUGGAGAAGUUUUGGAAAUAAAAGCAUUUGAUAUGUGGGCAGGAGAGGUUUCAGAGCUGCUGAAGUUUCUUCGGCCUCUCCAUGAGGGAACACUGGUAUUUGUCGCUUCGUUCGAUGACCCAGCCUCCAAGUUGAAUGAUGAAGCUCGACGGCUGUUUGAUGAGCUGGGGAGCACAGCAGCAAAGGAAUUGGCUUUCAGGGACAGCUGGGUGUUUGUUGGAGCCAAAGGAAUAGAGAAUAAGAGCCCAUUUGAACAGCGAAUGAAGAACAGUAAAAGCAGUAAUAAGUAUGAAGGCUGGCCUGAGUCUCUGGAGAUGGAUGGCUGUGUUCCUUUGCGUGCUCCUUUAGAGAAUUAAGUUCUCACUAGGACUUUGAACUAGAAAUACCUCCAGCACAUAGAACAAAGAGCUCUACAUUCAAAAAUUUGCUUCAUUUCAGAAACUGAAUAAUCAUGGAUUACUUUGCUACUUAAGAAUUUGACUCAUUAGAAGGUUCAAGGUGGAUUGCUCUGUGAGGUGUUUGUGCAAGGUGAAUGAAGAAACCGUAAUGACAAUAUAACUGGUAGAAGUCAUCUGGUUCAUUUGAUUAGAACUGUUGUGAUUGAUAAAGGAAGAACAGUUUAUAUAGAAAAAAUACUGGCAUGUGAUAUAUUUUUAAUUGUAACAAUAUUUAAAUAGUAUAUUUAAGGUAUAUACAGUUUAAAAUAUGAUACACAGUGUGUACAAAAGAUGUAUCUAGAUGUUGCUAAGUCAAAGUCAGCUUUAUUGUCAUUUUUCCAUUGCAGGGAUGAGAGAAAUAUGAAAUAUGGUUUCCCAGGAAACCUUGCAGCAUACACAGAACAUACAAACAGUCACAGUAGCACCAUAUUACAAGUUGACAAUUAUACACAUGAAGGACAAUAGAGACCAUAGACCUAUAAAUACAAGCAUUAGACAAGUGCUGCAAAACAGUGCACUAUAUAAAUAUGAACAAUAGAUAAAGUUGAAGAAAAACCAUAUACAUUUACAUCAAGAGACACUGGGGAUUGUAUGGACUCAUGAUAAUAUUUGUGUCAUACUUUAAUUUUUUUAAUUGAGACAGUUUUCAAACGGGUGUAUUUUUUGUUCUAUUUGAAAUAAAUUUCCUCUUGGAUGAAAUGUUGAUGUAUUGAUUAAGGGUUUAAAGGUCUUGUUCACCCAAAAAUGAAAAUUAUUUCAUUUUCUUCUGCACGCAAAUUAAGAUGAUAAAUUCUCCUCCCUGCCUAGUAGGUGGCAAUAUGCACAAAGAAUGUGAAUUGUCAAAAACAGAAGAAUGUGAAAGUGGAGAGUUGUCAUUAAAGAAAAAAGAACUUAAAUAUUGAUCUGUUUCUAACCCACACUUAUCAUUUCACUUCUGAAGAUAU